AUGAAUUGGGAGCAUGUAUCCCACACGAAUCGCACAGCUGCUUUCAAGGCUUUCGGCAGUGAUGAUGGGCACAUGGGUCUUUGGCACGCGGAGACUGGUCAGUUCGUCACUCUCCGCCGCACCACAGCCAGCACAGCCAGCUGUGAAGAUACCAGCGCCUGCAUUGGCUUGACCACCGAGGCGGAGUAA